AUGAUAGCCGCGGUACAGUCAAAGUGGCAAUUGUCGCUGGGCAUUACUAACGAGGGACCUGCACACUUAACUGUGAUAAACAUGUCUGGAAUACAGCAAAUUUGUAUCAAAGUUGCCAGUGAUGUUAAAACCAAACCGAAAACGAAGGUAACAGUAGUAGGUGUUGGAUCUGUUGGCAUGGCUAUUGCGUUCACCGUCAUGACGAAGUCUAUAGCAAAUGUUCUCGCUCUUAUUGACGCUGAUGAAAACAAAGUGAUGGGGGAAGUGCUCGAUAUGCAACAGGGUUCUCAGUUCCUGGACACAUGCAACGUUAUAGGCGGCAAAGGUUGGAAUUUUCUCAUUCUAAUGUUUCAGAUUACAGUUAUUCUGCUCAUUCCGAUGUCGUUUUCAUCGCUGCUGGUGUCCGCCAAAAAGAGGGUGAAUCUCGUCUUAAUCUUAUUCAGCGAAAUCUUGAAAUAUACAAAUGUCCCGAUGAAUUCUUCUCGUAUGACUACUUUGAACUCGGAAUAUUUUACGAUCCAAAUUAGUGUUGUCAGGCAAGAAGCGCUGGUGCUUCUUCCUAUUGUUCCUCAGAUUGUUAAAUACAGUCCGGAGUGCGUUAUCGUCGUCGUUUCAAAUCCAGUGGACAUUCUCACUCACGUUACCUGGAAACUGAGUGGUUUUCCACAAAAUCGCGUAAUCGGCUCCGGAACCGUUCUCGAUUCUGCCCGUUUCCGCCACAUACUUGGAAAGAAGUUAAAUCUGGCGGCAAGCUCCAUCCAUGGUUACAUUAUCGGGGAGCAUGGCGAUUCCAGCGUGCCUGUCUGGAGCAAGGUUUCAAUCGGCGGUGUCCAUCUGUCCUCUGUUUACCCGAAAAUGGGAGAGGAUGAUGACCCGGAGCGAUUUAUUGACAUCCAUAAGAGCGUAGUUGAAAGCGCCUACGAAAUCAUUCGUCUAAAGGGUUACACCUCCUGGGCCAUCGGCCUUGGUUGUGCUAAUCUCUGUCACUCACUUGUUCACGAUCGCCAUGUUGUACUUCCAGUCUCAACAAAUGUGAAGGUACGUUUUUCUACUUUUUACCUCCUCCCAUUAUGUUUGUGCAACGUACUGUUUGUCCAUCACUUCAGCUUGGUUCGAAAUUGCUCUGACCCAUAG